UGGUUCGAAUUCCACCAAUCAGAGGGAAAAUGGGCGUGGUUUGAGAGCAAAAUUCCCGCGAAAAUAGCUCAGCCUGCGUAAUUCAGCGGUUUACUAACAAACCCAACAAAAUGGACGGUGAAUUAUUCCGCAAACUCGCAUCUAAAAUGGGAAUAACCUCUCCUAAAGUCCUGAGUCAGGCAGAGGAGUACAUGCGGCUGUCUCAGGUGAAGUGCACAGCUCUGGGAGGUUCUACAGCAAGCAGUAAAGCUGUUAUCUGCCUGGAGCUGGCAGCCACGGCCAUGAAGUGUCCUAUAGACAAGGAGUACGUCGUCAAGCUGUCAGGAUUGAACAAGAAGGCGUAUCAGAGCAGUCUGAAGGCCAUGGAGUGUAUGCUGGGUCUGCAGAGCGGUCUGGGGCUCCGGGAUCUGGCUGUGCAGUACGGGUGCAUGGAGGCGAUUAAGCCGGCGUCUCAGAUCCUUCAACGGUACCAGGCCAGUUUACCUGCAGCUCAGCAGCAAGACCUGGAUCUGUCCAAACCCCUGUUCACUACGGCUGCUCUGUUCACUGCCUGCAAGUGCCUGAAAAUCCGAGUUGAUAAGAAGCUGGCGUCAUCCUCCGGAACGAAGAAGACCGUGUUCGACAGGCUGUGUGUUCAGCUUCUGAAGUUCGGCCAAGAGAUUUGCAGUGAUGCAUCUUCUGUGAAGCGACAGAUCAAAUCAACACAGAAAAGACAGAAGAUUCUCACAGAGACGCUGCAGGAAGCGGAGCAGGAUGGCUUGCCAACAUCUCCUAAGCAACCGCGUGAACCGGCACUGAGGGAAGACGAGUGCGAGGAAGAGACGAAACAAAAUUAUGAGGAGUGGAAGAGAAAAAUCCUGGAAAAUGCUCUCAAAGCCAAAAGCAGUGAAUAGUGAAAGCUGCACCUGCUAGAUGACUAUUUAGAUUAUUAUUUAUGUUUUUUAGUUUUCUUUUCUAGACCUUUUUCUUCUAUUUGAAUUUCCCCGUGUGUGUGUGUGUGUGUGUGUGUUAGUGAGAGAUUGUUGGCAGAUGAACCUGACCUGUGUACAGAUAUUCAGUCUCCGGUAUUGUUUUACUUGAUUGCGUUGACGCAGAUGAUUGUUUACGUGUUAUUAUGAGCGAGAAGAGAAGAGCAGCUGUGCGCCGGUUUAUAUUCCGCCGCGUCUGAGUGGUUUGAUGAUGUUCUUUGUUCACGUGUAGAUUCGGGUGCUUUUUUAUUUUUGUUUUUAAUCAACUCCCUCAUUACCACUGACUCGUUCGCAUCAAGUGUCUCGUGUGGUAAUGUGAAGAGGUUCAUGUGAGUGUUUGUAGUCAUAGUGUGUGUGUGUGUGUGUGUGUGUGUGUGCGUGCGUGCUCGCUCUCAUCAUCUCUAAAGAAAAUCAAGCAGCAUGAUGUUCAGUGUACUGUAAUGCUGCUGCUGUUUUUAAUAAAACUGAAUGAUCAAAGUG